GUGAUACUGGCCAAGGAGCAAGAGCAUGGAUAAAACAGAUUUUGAAUCAAGACAUGGCAUUCCAACAUAUAAAAGUAAUUUACCCAACAGCUCCUGCCAGGCCAUAUACACCCAUGAAAGGAGCCUUUUCCAAUGUGUGGUUUGACAGGUAUAAGAUCUGUAAUGACUGUCCUGAACACAUUGAAAGCAUCGAUUCCAUGUGCCGGGGCCUUACAGACCUGAUCAAUGAUGAGGUUAACAAUGGCAUUGCCAAGAGCAGGAUACUCAUAGGAGGCUUUUCAAUGGGAGGUGGAAUGGCAAUGCAUUUGGCCUUUAGGUUUCAUCAGGAUCUGGCAGGAGUCUUUGCCUUGUCCAGUUUUCUGAAUAAAGACUCUGCUGUUUACCAGGCUUUGAAAAGAAAUGAAAGAGCUCUUCCAGAAUUAUUUCAGUGCCAUGGAACUGCUGAUAAUCUAGUUCUCUACUCAUGGGGUGAAGAGACCAACAAGAUGUUAAAGUCUCUGGGAGUAUCAACGUCACUUCAUACUUUUCCAAACCUCAAUCAUGAGCUGAACAGAACUGAAAUAGAAAAAUUAAAAUCCUGGAUUAUAAAGAAAUUGCCUGUUGAAGCACCAAAGGCUAAUGAAUAAAUGAAGAUCCAGCCUCAUACUUUCUGAUUUUUCAUAGUUUUAAAAUCAUGUGUGACAUAUAUGUGGGUGUCCCAUAUCCUUAUAUAAGCAUAGCUUCAGGCAAACACUUUUAUAUUCCAUAAAGUUCACCUAAGAGGUGAAAAAAGGUGCUGAACGCUAAACCUCACUUUAUUAUAUGGAUUUCUUUUUCUGUUUUCUUGUCCAGUUUUUAAGCACAUGCCAGUCUACAAAAAAUACUAACUGAUAAUAUUAAAAGCAUUCCAAAAUUGUCAAAGCAAUAUUCAGGAAGCAGUUCUGUGAAUCUCCCAGAUAAUUUUCUUUUUUUUUUUUUUGGGUGAGGAGGAUUGGGCAGGAAAGUGUUCUAAGAUAGAAAAAUAGACAGUGGCAUGGUAGUUUCUAAUGGCAUUGUAGCAACAAAAAGGCCAAUUACUAAAAUAAUACAGUUUUACUUGUACAAAUGCAUGCAUCUAUUCAAGUUAGUUUAGUGAGAGGGACUGUAUUGGCUUCAAUUGGAUUCUCAGCAUGUGGGAAUGAACUUGCCUCAAAGCAGAGCUGUAUGUCCCCUGAAAAAAAAUCAGGUUUGUGUUAUAUUUUAAAAAGUCCUAAGUAGCUGUGUCUAGCUACACCACAGGGUCUUGUUAUUGUCCUUUCUCAUUCUUUUGUUACAGAGCUCUAGGUUUGUGUGAGUUUAUUGAGCCCUCUGUGGUUUGCAGUGUAGAUUUAAAAGAAAAAAAGAAGUACCAUCAUGAUUGCUAAGAUCUGUCCUGUUUUUGAAAAAAUCAUUCUUUGGGCCCUGUUCCUGCAGAAACUUAUUUUUGCCAAGAGUUUUAUUUUGGCCUGCAUGGCCACAUUUUAAAUUAAAAGAUGAGGAUACUUGACUCCUCCGUUAAUAUUUAAAAGUUGUAAAUAAUGAUUGGGAUAUAAAGAAAACUUGUAUUCCCUUAUUUUAAUGGUGGAUGAUUCAUCUCUCUGUCAGUUUGAUAAAUUAACUCAGAGUAUAAAUAUCUAUUCUUAUGUAAUUGUAAUGCUUUUUUUAUUUCUCCCCCCUCUGCCCCAUUUUCUACUCCCCAAUUUCAGUAAUUUUUUUAGCAUGACAAGCUAUUCAGCCUUUUGCCAAAGCCAAUAGAUCCAAGUCUCUUGCUUAAUCCUCUCCUUUUCCCGUUUUUGAGGAGUGGAUCUGGGACACUGUUGUUUGCUCUGUCACAGCAGAUUGCUGCCAGUACUGACUAUGACUCCAGAAAUAUCAGCCAGCUCCCAGGGACUAAGUUUUAUUCAAAUCCUCAUGCCCUGAGACCUCAGCCAGCUUUUACCUAUCUUGAAGUGUAAGCAAGGGGAAAAAAAAUGUCACUGUUCAAGUACAAGCCAUGUAAUUGGCAGUAGCAAGUAACAACUUCCUGCUGCUAAAAAUAUUUUGCUGUAUUUCAUUUUCCUAGCAUUAGCAAGUCAGCAGUCUGUUCUGAAAAACAGCAUUUUAAAUGGCACAUGAAAACUCAGUUAUUUGAAAGAGUGAGCGAACAGCAAUUUUUCCUGGUGCCCUAGGCUUCCUAAUUACUGCAAAUUAAAUUGAAACAGGUGUGUUCAGAUGCAGCUGAGCUAACAUUGCCUUGGCCUAACUCUGAUUGCAAUCCCUGACAAGUGAAGUAGCGGCAUUUUAGGGAUAAUGCAUCACUUUUGCCCCAUUUUCUGUUCUUCCUGAGCUCCUAUCAGGAGGCUCUUCGAACCACUAAUGCAGGGUGGCAAUUAAUUUUGGUGACAAGUGCAUUCACAUGGGAAAGUGGCAGGUUUCUGGCAAGGUGGCUUUUAACAGGGACAGAGAAUAGCCUAAAACAGUUGAAGUAAUACUGUGGAGAAAAUAGAAAAUGUUACCAAGCCAAACCCAGCUCUUUUGAUUGCUUUUGCAAUGUGAAUAAUUGCAAAUACAGUGGAUAUAGGGUUUGGCUUAGUUCCCCUCUUAUAAGUUGAGAAGGAAUUGCAAAUGUCAUGACAUCCUUAGAAAACAGUAAGUCCCCAGUUUGCAUCCAUUUUCUUCCAUCUUCUUGGCUUGUGAGUGAAACACCAACCAAUCAGGAGAUGCAUUGUAACAUAGCAGUGGAAAUCCAUCAGGUAUAUGGUGUAACAAAGCCCCAAAUCUCAAAGGUUUUGAGGUCACUUUUGGGAUGUUGGAGAACUCAGUAGAUUUCCUUCAGUCUACGAGAAGUGAGCACAGCGGGACUCGCCUGUCCCUUUAGCUGAAGAUGGUGUGGCUGUGUGUUCCAGAUGGUGCCAAGCUCGUACUGGACAAAUAGAUUGAAGUUUAGCCCAGAAAAAUUUGGGUUAUUGGUUGGUAUUGAGAAGCAUCCAGAGGCAAUAUUAGUCCUUGAAGACAGUGGGCCUGCUGUUAGAUCUCUAGUCAAAUGAAAACCUUAAUAGUCAAAAAUUAGCCCAGCUCUUUGACAGCAUGUUUUAGAAGCAAUUCAGACAGCUUUUUGACUGAUUGGCCGUUUUUUUUCAACCUGGCCCUUUCUUACUACACUUUUAAAAAUUAUUUUUUAAUUUAAUACUGGAAAUAGGGUGGGGGUUUAUUUGCCAAAACAGCAUCUCUGCAAUGCUUAUGGCACUGCAGCUCCAGGAGCUGCCUGUUAAUUUCUGGAUAGAGUUUAAAGUGCUUCUUAGAGAUGGUAAGAAUCAAAAAGAACUUCACUUUUGCCUAAAUGGUUGCCUGUUAUUGGGACAGACUUCCUGUACCAGGUGCCAGGGCAUACAGAGCCCUGAACUGAUAUGUCUCACCAGCUGAAUUUAGAUUCAGAUGA